CGGAAGCAACAACUUCUGUUAAUCGGAGAUCGGCAGAACGAUGACGGGAGAAGACGAUAAAGCUAGGGUUUCUCCGAGCAACUACCCUCCAACGAACGAUGCUUCUGAAUCGAUUCAAAGGAAGAAGAUAAAGUGGGAUCAUCAGCCUAUGGCUUGUUUAAACAACACAGCUAAGAACCAGGAUGAGUUGGUCAUAGGGAGAGCAAUAGUUAUCAACGAUGCUGAGGCUUCUCUUAGGCACAAGCUUACUCAACGCUCAACUCAAGAAGAAAUUCAGAGGUCUACUGGUACUGUGGUGAUUACUAGGGGCAAGUAUCGUCUUCCAAAUGCACCUCCUGAUGGCGAAUAUCCAUUGUAUCUUCACAUAUCUGCUGCUUCACAUUUAAAAGAGACUACAGAACGUAUUUUAGCCGUUGAUCGUGCAGCAACUAUGAUUGAGGAGAUGAUGAAACAGAAAACAAGUUCACAGGUCGGGGCUGUUGGUUUCCAUACAAACAAGGAUUCAAUGAGCAACUACGUGUGCAUAUAUUUUAAAUGGCAAGGUCGCAUGUAUAGUAUAGUGAUGAAGGCAGCAAUGGAAGAGAUUGCCCUGUCAAUGCUAGAAGCAAGGAUAUGCAAAAAGGUCGGGUUAGAUGAAAGUAGCGUGAAACUGAAAUUGAGUUACAUUCCACUACUGGUGGGUUGCGAGGAGCAGUGUGCUAUUUCUGAUGACGAGGAUCUUUAUGUUUAUCUAACAUCCACUGAUAAUGAGAAUCGUAGAUGUUUGCUGCAUGUGGAGGUCAUCAAUGUCUCGGAACUCCCCGAACAACUUUCGAGAGCGUGCGAAGGAAGUUCUUUAGGUAUGAACUAUGACGAGUUGAAUUCAAAGGAUGAUGAGACAGGAGCUAAAGCUUUUACUCAAUACGUAGGCAUCGAACAAGUUGAAGAGCAAAUUGAGGCAGACGAGAAUGAAUAUGUGGAUAUGUGUGAUAAGCUUGUAGAGCUUCCACCUGUUUCAGAAGCAAAUCAGUUUAUGGAGGAGACAUGGGAAGACGGUAUGGAUAUGGCAAUACAACAAGAGUUUCCUAAUAAGAAGGCAGUGCAAGAAGUGGUGAGUAUGGCUGCAUGUUCGAAUGGUUUUGGGUUUGAUGUGAAGAAGUCAGAUAAGGCGCGGUUAGUGCUAAAAUGUCCUAAAGAAGGAUGUAACUGGGGUUUACGAGCUUCAAAGAUCGGAAAGACCGAAAUGUUCUCGAUUAGAAGGUACACCAAGAUGCAUACAUGCUCUCGUGAUGGUCAGAGUAAAAACAACUUGAAGAGAAAAGUCACGCCACAGAUAGUUGUAUCUCUAUUGCAUGAGGCUUAUCCAGGACAAAUGCAAACUCCAACUCCUAAAAGUAUCAUUGAUCUUGUUUCGACAAAAUUGGGUGUGAAGAUAUCAUAUUCCACUGCGUUGAGAGGUAAAAAUUUGUAUUCAGCUCUUGAAGAUGAGACGACUAUGUUAAAGAAUGAUGCUUGUGACGAGGCAAUAGAAAGAGUAGAGCUGUAGUUUUAAGAUAGAGCAAAUGCGUGAAGAGAGACUACAAUGCUGAAAGAAUUAGUGAAUGGUUUUCUUCAAAACAUAUGUGUUUUCGUUUGAAAUCUUCUUUUCUCUUGUAUGUAUUUAACUUUGAGUUAUGGAUUUAUCUAUGUUAGUCAUCUUUGCUGUAAAACUCUUAUGAUAAUAUCUAUGUUAAGUUA